AGAUUAUGAUCAAGUCUUGUCUUGAAUUGACUUGGUUGGCGGUGGCUUGGAGUUUCAAGUGCCGUUCUGAGUGAGUGCUCGUGUGAGCCUGAGGAAUGUUUUCAUCGCCAGUAUCAGAGUCGGCGACUUCUUCCACUUUGGUGACUUCUUCGAGUCUUAGUCGUCGAUUGUCUAUUUCCAACAUGAGGUGCUCACGAGCGUUACUGGUCGUGCUUGAACUUGCUCUUGUCUGUGAUUGCUCCUAUGGACAAUCUUUAUGGGAACUUAUCUUAGGGCAACCCCUUUCUAGAACCUCUACAAUCUCAACCACAACCACCACUACAUCAACAACCACAACCACAAAGGCUCCAACAACUUCCAGAGGGUCCAGGGUUAUAAUUGAUCCAUCAUAUCUGCUGGGAUGUCUGGAACCAGGCACUUUUCCAGUGGUUGGAGAUUGCUCCCGUUUUGUGGUUUGCCACACUGGAGCCUUGGGUCUUCGAGGUCAACGUUAUAAGUGUCCCAGUGACUUCUUUUACAAUGGCAGAAGCCGUGCUUUAUCCCAACCACGUGUCUUAGAUUUCCUCUCGAACGUUUACUCAAAUCGGUUCAGAUCCUUACUUCAGUCGCCUAAUCGAUGUCUCCCCAGGGACGAGGUCGAAUGCCCUUGGAGCAGCCCUGAGAGUCAACCAUCCAGCCUAACUUCCAGCCAAUCCCAAGAGUUAUCUACUAAAGGCCCUGACUUAGGUGGAGAAUUGCCUCAGGAAAGGUCAUCGACCACUGAAGGGAUAAGUCGGACCACUUCCACAACCACAGCCACCACAACAAAACCCAAGGAGACAACAACCAUUCAACCAGCUUCCACAACCACUACAAUGUCCAUGAAGUCUUCGACUAACAAUUAUUUUUCAUUUUUGAGUCUAUUACCGUAAGCGAUGGAAAAUUGCAUCAAAAACUGCUACCCGUGAAUAUUUAAAAUAGUCAAGCAAGAAAAGGUCUGGUGUUGUUUGUCGAUAAGAUAGAUUUGUCUUUUCCUAUUAGUCUAAAUAGAGUGCAUCGACAAUGAAAGGUUUAUUAAAAACAAUGGAUUUUGCAACGCAACAAAUGUGACAGUUCGGUAAAAUUUUGCUUGCAAACGACAAAAGGUUGACUUGGCCUGCAUCUCAAUCUGUGCAUUAAAACAAUCUAAAGGCUCAAAUAAUGCAAUCUGAUAGUAGUGCAUUUUACUCUAUUAUCUUCAAUUUCGAGAUGUGCGAAGAGAAGUGAGCCAAAGAUGACUUUACGUUGAAAAAGUUUGCUCAUAACUUGCAAAUUCAGUCGACCUUCAGUGCUAGUUCUGAGGGUUCUUUGGUAACUUUUCGCGAGUGAUUCUUCAUUCAUUUUCAAAUAUCUGAUAUAUUAACAUCCAAUGAAAAAAAAAAAAACGGGAGGACGAGGUCAACCGUUACAAAGAAUUGGUUUAGAUCAGACAGCAAGAGGCUAUAAAUCGAGGGGCACGGUUUACUAGUGAAGCCUUUUUCAAUUGUGACGCACAAGAAUAGAUCUGCAAAACCAAAAAAUACACAGACAAAAUGGACAACAUACUCAUUAAAACUCACGUUUUUGCGUUGAAUAGAGCCUCUCCUCUU